AUGCAAUUCACUGCUACCAUCCUGAUGCUCGCCACCGCCAUCACCGGCGCCAUUGCCGCUCCCGGCGCUCUCGAGCAGAGACAAGACACCAUCGAGAUCAAGGCCUGCGAUGGACAGAACUUGGGAGGAACCUGCUCCAAGAUUUCCAUCAAGACCCAGCAUGACUGCUUCAACCUGGAAGACAAGCCAGUCAACGACAAUGUCCACUCGGUCUCCAUCCCCCGGGGAUACCGUUGCCGCUUCUGGGAAACCGACCGCUGCAACGGCGGUGGCACUGGCGACAUCCAGUCCCCUGGAAGCGACAGCAUCUCCUCCAACCGCGUCCAGUCUGUCAAGUGCUACAUUAACUGA